AUGGCGUCUAAAAAUAGUAUUGGAAUUAUAUCAGCCCUUUUAAGCGUUACCUCACACACAGAAUUCAUUAACGAUGGCGCUCGAGCUAAUUGUGGUAAAAGAGAAGAAGAUUUAAACAAAAUAGAACCAAGUGGUGUUUUAGUGGGUCUUAUAGGAGCACGUUUUGUGCGACCCAAUAGAAUGGAAAGUGAGGAUAUAAAAAUAGUCAAAACACAAAAUACUUUUGAAAAUGGUUAUGGAGCAAAUACCAAACAUGUCAACACAAAAGGUCUGUGGCAAUAUGUAUUCCCAACCAAAACUUUAACGCCACAAAUAGAAAAAUUACAAGAUUAUAGAAAAGUAUGGAAUAAAUUCUAUGAGGAAACAGAUUUUCUAUACCAAAAGGUGUCGGUGGAUAAUAAACGUUUUGAGAAAACUCUCAAAUCGAAAGCUAUUUUUGAUAAUUUAAAAAUGAAAAAACGUUUUGCCAUUUCUUUUGAUACUUUACUCUUAGAGGCCCAACAGAGGGCCUUGACAUGCAACAAAUACGCCUAUAUACAUGUGGUGGGUAUAGGUUUGGGUGUUUGGUUGGAAACCGGUCAGCAGGAAAAAGUUUUUAUGGAAAGUUUUCAGCAACGUUUAAAGUAUUUAUUGCCACAGCUUAAUAAUAUAGGUGUAGUGCACUUGUCUUGGUUUCAUUUAAACGAAUGGAGUGAUUUGAAAAAUGAGGCCUUUUUCAAAUCCGACAAACAUCCGAGAGGAGGUAUUAAGAUUUUAAUGUCGAAAAGAAAUCCUAAUGAUAAAUUGUUACCGCCCUAUGACAAUAUGCUGCCAGUAGUUUCAUAUGCCUGGGAUGGUAAUGCCUUACCGGGUAAUGAGUUCUGGAAGCACUGUUUGGCCUCUUCUAAUGAUCCAUCUACAGCCUGUAGUACCUUAAUAUCGGAACUCUUUAAUCCUCAUAUUAAUACGGAAUAUGUUAAUGGCAAUAACCUACAUAUAGCUUCACUUCAGCAUGGGGUAAUACAUGUAAAAGAUUAUGUAGAGCAAAUACUAAAGAAUCAAGUGAUUUCCGAGAAUGAAUAGCGAUAUUAAACUUAAUCUAAAAUUUGUAAUAAAUUUUUUUUAAAUAAAAACAAAAACAUUACUUUUACCACACAAA